AUGGAGUCGGUGGUGCAAGGCACAGCGGCCAUGGACGUCAACGCUCCACGCGUGUAUGUGGACGAGGCAAAGGGACAUGAUGAGUCGGGACAGGGCACCGAGGCUGCUCCGUACGCGACCGCGCUGGGCGCGAUGCUCGCCCGCGGACCGGACGUGUCGAUCCUGUCGCGCAAGGACGAGGGGUACGAGCCCCUGUCGGCCUCGGGCGUGAAAAAGGCGAAGAAGCUGUACGACAUGGCGAUCAAGAAGAAGCAGAAGGCCGCUGAACUUGCCUCACAGGAAGCGGAGCGCGCCGAGCAGGACAAGAAGAAGCUCGAGGAGAGCAAAAAGGUGGUGUUGGACGUGCCCUCUGAGCCGGCCAAGCGCAUCAAGAUUUGUGCGGGUGUGCACAACCGCGACGUGCGUGUGAAGGUGUGCGGAUGGGUGCACCGCCUGCGCUCGCAAAAAGACCGCAUGUUCCUCGUCCUGCGCGACGGCACAGGAUACAUGCAGUGUGUGCUGCAGGACAAGCUCAUUCAGACGUACGACGCCUUGACGCUGACGCUCGAGAGCUCGGUCGAGAUGUACGGCACGAUCAAGGCUCUGCCGGAGGGCAAGACUGCGCCGGACAACCACGAGCUCGUUGUCGACUACUGGGUAUGUGUCGGCAAGGCGCCUGGCGGCGACGAUGCCAUUACGAACCGCAUUUCGGAGAACACGGACCCGUCGAUUCAGGCGGACAACCGGCAUCUCAUGCUGCGUGGCGAGACUGCCUCUGCUGUGAUGCAUGUACGUGCGGCAGUGAUGCAGGGUUUCCGCGACGAGUUUGCUUCCUCGGGCGUGAUGGAAGUGACGCCGCCAUGCAUGGUGCAGACACAGGUCGAGGGCGGCGCGACGCUGUUCCAGUUUGACUACUAUGGCCAGCCAGCGUUCCUGACGCAGAGCUCGCAGCUGUACCUCGAGACCUGCCUGCCGGCGCUCGGCGAUGUGUACUGUGUGCAGGAGAGUUUCCGUGCGGAAAAGAGCCACACGCGCCGCCAUCUGAGCGAGUACACGCAUCUCGAAGCGGAGCUCGCCUUUGUCACGUUCGACGAUCUGCUCUCGCACAUUGAGCAGGACAUCUGCGGCAUGGUCGACCGUGUGCUGCAGAACGACAAGGUGCGCCAGCUGAUCGAGCAGCUGAACCCCGGCUUCCAGCCGCCCAAGCGUCCAUUCAUGCGCCUCUCCUACAAGGAUGCGAUUGCCUAUCUGAACGAGCACAACAUUCUGAACGAGCACGGCGAGCCGCACAAGAUCGGUGACGACAUUGCCGAGGCGGCCGAGCGCAAGAUGACGGAUCAGCUGGCCGUGCCGAUCCUGCUUCAUUCGUUCCCACGCGAGAUCAAGGCAUUCUACAUGAAGCGCGUGCCCGGUGAUGAGGCAUUUACCGAGAGCGUCGACCUGCUCAUGCCCGGCGUCGGCGAAAUUGUCGGUGGUAGCAUGAGGAUGACUGGCAACGAAGAGCUCCUCGAGGCGUACAAACACGAGGGCAUUGAUCCCCAGCCCUACUACUGGUACACUGACCAGCGCAAGUACGGCACAUGUGAGCACGGCGGCUAUGGCCUCGGUGUUGAGCGCCUGCUGGCAUGGCUCACAAACCGCUGGACCGUGCGUGAGUGCUCGCUGUACCCACGCUGGACGGGCCGUUGCACGCCAUAG